AUGGGAACAAGUCGGGCCAACAGGUACGGCUUUGUGUCAGACAUUUUACCGGAGGAGACACGCCAGAAGAUCUCUAGCUUAGGACUCUAUAACGGCCACAGUUCCCCCAACCUCCGUCUGCACUCGACCUGUGACGCAGAAGACAGUAGGAGGAGGUCGGGAGCCUCUGCUGCCGUGCCCGGCACAAGUGAGCAAGGAGGUAUGAACAACUACAACGGGAAGGUUCUGACAAGGGGCUCCAACCAAGUACGGAGCCGGUUUGUGAAGAAAAAUGGACAAUGUAAUGUUCUGUUCACCAACAUGGAUGACAAGAGGCAGCGCUACCUAGCUGACAUUUUCACCACCUGCGUGGACAUCCGCUGGAGAUACCUGCUGCUUAUAUUCUGCACCAGCUUCAUGGUCUCUUGGCUUUUCUUUGGCAUUAUCUUUUACAGUGUCUCCCUGGCUCAUGGGGAUUUUGAGGAGCAGCCGGCAGUUAAAGGUGAUGGGAUGGCGGCGCCUGGGCUGCAUGGACCCACCUCUGGACACACAUAUGGAGGGCAGACACAGAGGAUGCCCUGCAUACUUCACGUUCGCGGCUUUGUUGGGGCACUCCUGUUCUCCAUGGAGACCCAGACCACCAUUGGUUAUGGCUGGCGCUGCGUUACUGAGGAGUGCCCUGUUGCUGUAUUAACAGUCGUCAUCCAGUCCAUUGUCGGCUGCAUCAUUGACUCUUUCAUGAUUGGCACCAUCAUGGCCAAGAUGGCUCGGCCAAAGAAGAGGAACCAGACCCUCAUAUUCUCCAAAAAUGCUGUCAUCGCCCUGCGUGACGGCAAGCUGUGCCUCAUGUGGCGAGUGGGCAACCUGCGGAAGAGCCACAUCGUGGAGGCUCAUGUCCGUGCCCAGCUCAUACGUUCAUACGUCACAGCUGAGGGCGAGUUCAUCCCCUUGGAGCAGAUGGACCUGAAUGUGGGCUAUGACGAGGGCACAGACCGGCUGUUUCUGGUAUCCCCUCUAGUUAUAAUCCACGAGAUAGACAAAGAUAGUCCCUUGUAUACUUUAAGCCGAGCUGAUCUGGAGGCAGAUGACUUCGAGAUCGUCGUAAUCUUGGAGGGAAUGGUGGAGGCCACGGCCAUGACCACCCAGUUCCGUAGCUCCUACCUUGCCAGAGAGGUCUUCUGGGGUCACAGGUUCGAGCCUGUGAUCUAUGAGGACCGGGACUGCUACAAGGUCGACUACGCUCGCUUCCACAAGACCUACGAGGUGCCAUCGACUCCCCACCUCAGCGCCAAAGAGCUGGACGAGGCCGCGAGCCGGGCGUCUUCCGUUGCUUCACCUGUCUCUGCAUGUAGGACCACACAAGAUUUGAUCCCCAGGUCAUUGAGCGCCUUUUGCUAUGAGAACGAGGUGGCGUUGAGUUGUGGGGAGGAAGAGGAUGACAUUUUCGACUCCCAGACUGUAAAGAAGGAGAGGGCAGAGGAGAGGAGGACUUCGGUGUCUGUAGACUUCCAAAAUAUGUUCCAGGACAGUGCGACCAUAUCGUCAGGCAAUCACAACGUCAUGUGUGUUCUGGACAUGGACAAUAACCAGAUGGAGUUUGACAUCCUACAGACUGCCAUCCCUCUCGAUCCAGUGACCUAUAAGAGCGAGCAAGAGAGCUAA